CUGUUCGACUCGACGUCAGCCGGGAUGACGAUGUUCGGCCGUUGUGUGUAAGCGGGGCACUUCGCCGUGAGGUGCUACAAAACGGACCGUGAAGGAAAAUUGUGUUCAGUAGCGGGGCGCGCUUCGCGCCGGAUAGAUGGUUGACAGUUGUAGUUGACUGUACGCGAACACGAGAGCGGAUGCUUGCUCGACGCGACAAGAGACGAGCGAUGCGCUUACAUUGUUUCACCGCUGCUCCGGCGAAAGAGUAACGAAUGAUUGAUCGGCACGCACCGGUAGUUGCCGCGGGUUCAUCAUGUCCAUGAAGAAGGAGUCGCCGUGGGACGUGGAGCUGCAUCUGGCGGCGGCACGCGGGGACGCCAAGCGUCUUCGUCUUUUGCUCGACUCCGGACGCGUCCAUGUCGACUGCAAGGACAAGGAUGGCACAACACCUUUGAUAUUAGCCGCCGCCGGUGGCCACAUCGAUUCCGUGACUGAACUGUUGCACCAAGGAGCGGAUCCUAAUGCCAAACGGCUGACCGGGACAACGGCGUUGUUUUUCGCCGCCCAGGGCGGAUACAUGGACAUCGCGAGUCUGCUUCUGGAGCACGGCGCGAUCGUGGAUUCGUGUAGCAUAGAUGGCGGCACGCCGCUCUUCGUCGCAUGCCAAUACGGUCAUCUGGACGUCGUGGAGGGCUUAAUAGAGAGAGGCGCCAGUCCGAACGCUCACAUGAAAGACGGCGCCACGGCGUUGUUUAUCGCCGCGCAAAACGGUCACCUUCGUAUUCUCGAGGUUCUUCUGGAGCACGGAGCGAAGACGGACGCGGCGAGAACGGACGGCGCCACGCCUCUGUGGAUCGCGUCGCAAAUGGGGCACGAUCACAUCGUGAGGAGGUUGUUGAAAGCCGGCGCGAAGGUUGACGCCACUAGACACGAUGGCGCGACCCCGCUCUUCAAAGCCGCCCACAAGGGUCACACCGCCGUCAUCGGCGAGCUACUCAAGUAUCGUCCUUCACUCGGCGUGCUUCCGAACGGCGAAAGUGCACUGCACGCCGCAGCCUUGACGGGACACAUGACGGUCGCGAGGCAGCUCGUGGGAGCGGGAGCUGAUCCUUUGCUCGUAAAUCAGGAAGGCAUCACGCCGCUUCAGCUGGCCGUCAGACACUCGCAGACGCAGGUCGCCAAUUACCUAAAAGACAAAGUGAGAGUGCGGACCGCAUCCUGUUAGCGAGCCUUCGUCCAAUCCUGACACUGUCGUAUCGGAGAAUCUUGAGAUGUGAGAUGAGUCCGGCUCAAGGAUCGCAGGAUGCAGACACAGAUACGUAGAGUGGCGCGUGGAAUAGUAGCCUGGCCUCGAUAAGAGUUUUGCUACCGAUAAAAGAGAAUGUUAUUAUAUUAUAAUGUUACAUUUGAAAAGUUAUUUUAUUAUUUUAUUAUUAUUAAGAACGCGAGCAUACUCGUUAUUCUCUUAUUAGUAAAAUUCUUACCGACGCCGAAAGUAGGACUAAGGCCACUCUUUCGUGCGCUGCCUCGUAUUACACAAGUGAUAUUAAUGACCACGUUACGCACGCGAAAGAUGUGACAAUGAAGGGAAAUUUGAUAAUUUUGUGCAAUAACGCGGGCUGACAAGCGUAAGUAAGCCGAUUAUAUCAACAGAGACUGUGAGCAAAAAUCCGUCUUUACGAGAGUGAUUAGAUCUCUUUGUUUUAAUCGCUCUUUUUUUUUUUUCCCUCCGAAGUCUUGAAAAUACCCGUCCGUUUUGUUUCGAGAGAAGUGAAAUUUCAUUUCGACGCGAAGUGCGAUUAAAACAAAUAGGCCCAUUGUUAUGUAGUGUACAUAAGCGCGAUACCAUUCCGAUCUGUGUUAUGAAUCCCAGUAAAGAUAUUUUAAUACAGUUUUUUCUACUGUAAAUUCGAAUGAACGUUGUGAAGUGAUACCUUAUAUUACUUUCUAUCGUAUUCCGUAGUAUAAAGUAUAUAUGCUACAUUGUUGAAAUGAGUAUAUGAUAGAUUUUCUGAAAUUCGAAAUAUUAGAAGAAGUCACGGAAAAAUUGUGACCAAAAUUUAUCAGCAGUCUGUCCACAAAGAAAAGCAGCACGAUUUGUCGAAAUUAACAAGUUUAUAAGACUGACUGAUUUGCCUUGGAAUAUAUUUCUAUUGUUCCAUUAUGCAAUAGAUUUAUCUAUUCUAUUGAUAAGAAAUGUGCAAAAUAAUAAGGUCGCAG